CAGCUGAUGGUAGUGACAUGAUUGACGUUGAUAUCGACGACCACAACCCAGAUUCUGACGGCAGCAAUACUCCUGUGAUCAACGUCAAUGUGCACGUUAAUCAGCCUCAUGGACAGACAAAUGUAUCAGUACUACCGGGACCCUCGUCAGGUAUGCCGUUCCCGCCUGUCCCACCGCACCAUCACGGAUUGACUCAUGGCGGCGGUCCAUCUUUCAAUUUCAGCCAGAGCGCACCUGCCACAACGGGAGGGGCGAUAUGGGCGGGAGGCAGCACACCCGUAGUCCAACUACCACCACAUCAGCACUUUCAUCAACAUCAACACCAUCAAACCCACCAAGACCAUGCGCAACAUGUUACCGGCAUGAUGCAGUCGACCAUAUUAGACGAAGUGGAAGGAGACGAAGCGUUCGGAGAAGAAAGCGAGAUUAUGGAUCGCGACUAAGAGACCCGAGCACCAGAGACGAAUUUCUUAAAUCAACAAGCGACACCUCCAGAUAGCGGAGGUGUGUGGGCAUUUUCAGGCCGCUCGGUAUAUAUAAUGCCUCUCUACAAAAAGGGAGAGAGAAGGGGCAAGAGCGUGCAUCUCUUAUCUUGGCAGUUCUUUGGCGCGAGCGAAGCGAAGCGAUGCAUGAAUGAUAUCCGAGCAGAAACAGAAGAAAGGGAACCCACCGAUUGGUUACUUACUUACUAGUAGUAUGUUCACAAUACGGACGGCUAUAUGGAGUUAUGAAAUAAUACCUUACC